ACCAGUCUGCCUGGGCCAAAUCCGAUGAUGAGAAUAAGCCCAUCCAUCGCGAGGAAUGCAUCUUCUACUUUGGCUCACCGAGAAUUAUGAAACCGGCCACCUGCGCUUGACCUGGUUACAACAAACCCCGCUAUAGCCGAUCAUUGCGCCCAGCUGAUGUGCACUGUAGCCUCCUCGAGGCAAUGUCUCCCGAUGACUGGGCUAUGAUGGAAUGGAUAAGGAGACUGUGACUGCAAGCUGCAGCUUCUUUAUAUCAAGAGAUCCUCAGCCUCGGAUUUUUCGCUGAAGCCUCAAGUGGGUAUUAAAGAUUGAGCUCUUGCGGUGUUGAGCAGUCGUGCCAAAGUCACCAUGGGAAGCGUUUUCUACCUUACAGUUGAACCAUCAAGUCGUACUACCAAAUUCUCACGCCGUCUUCACGGCUCAUCUGCAGAAUCAUAUUCGUCAGAUCUCGUUGUCGAGUUGCGACGCAAUCGUUGUCCACAUGGCGGCAUUGCUACCUGCUGGGAGCUUCUCUUCGCAUUCUACUGCUCUCUCAUCUGCUCAGCCUACACACUUCGUUAUGAGGAUAGGAAUACCAUUCUUCCCGACUCAGUACCUCAAGUGCAACUGCCAGAUCCAGGCGAUGGGUUAUCAAGCCUCAUACUCGACCCACCACCCACUCUAAUGCUAGGAGCAUGUCUUCUCCUCGGCUGCUCGGUAUCUUCGUUCAUAUACCGCCGACAAGAAGAAGACAGAUACCAAAAACUCAUAUUCAGCGUGACACUCACAGCAGCGACGCUUUUCGGCAUGGCGCAGAAAGUCAACGCCAAUCUGAUCAUGCUUGGGUUGAUCCCAUGGGGCCUAUGUCUCGCCAUGAUCUUUAGCGUUGCUACACACUGGCUUGUCAAGCGAUGCAGUAAGCGGGGUGCUUACUCCAGAGUCGGAUGCUGCGAGAGUGGCGAGAAAGGCAUGCAUGCACCUCUGUGAGCGGCCUGCAUGUCGAGCAUGCAACAAAUCAACCACUCCUGGCAAAUCUUCCUCCUCGGAUAGCCUUCU